AUGGUGAGUGUUGAGGAAAAGGUAUUACGUAUCUUGUGCUGGAGUAAUUUGGACUUCCUUAACAAAAAACAUAGUUCUUCAGAAUCUAUAAUCCAGAUGUUUUAUGAAUUUCGAAUAUUCAGCACAAUAUACGUGGCGAAGGAGAUGCCGAGUUUUUUUAAGUAUAGAAUCGUGGUGCCAUCAAUAUCAUUUACCAUCCCAUCAUCAUCAUUAUCAUCUCCAAACAAGCUCCUUACAGGAAUUAAUUUCUGCUCUCUGCACACAUGGCGAACAGUGGAUCAAACACCUUCAUCUGUAGAUGAUCAGUUCCCUACAUGGCCAAUGGUGACUAUUAGUAAUAUAACAAAAAACAGUAUGUGGAUAUACAAGCGUUACAUUGACAGAUAUAGUCUAAAUCAAGAGUGUAGGGCGAUGUUAAGACAUUUGAUGUUUGGGAUGAAUGAGAUGGAAGCUGAUGACCACAUUUCUAUUACUGUUACAGAGCCGCUUUAUGAAUCUGUAAAGGAGUGUGGGUGA